AUGUGUGCCUAUUUGAUUAAAUAUUUUUACAUGUUCACGCUACAUUCGAGAACAACAUUUGCACAUUUCCCGGCUGUCACCAAUACUCCUGACAGUCUUCUUUACUUUUCUCCACACACUUGUUGUCUCAUUCUCUCUUUUUUAUUUGGCUGUGCUUCUCCUUCCGCUUUUCUUUUUUUCCUCACUUUAUAGUUCAUUCUUCUCUUUUUUACUAAACUUUAUACAACAUUCCUCAAUAGCCAAAAAUUCUUUUUUUUUUCCUUUUUUUUAAAGCCAACUCAUUCUCCAUAUCUAAAACAUAUUCUCUCAUUUCUUCACCAAUAUCCCUCACAGUCUCUUCCCUUCUCUCUUCUCUUUUUAUACAUUUUUUCUAUCUUCCUUCUUUAUAUUCUUCCCUUGGUCGAGAGCCUAUUUUCCCCAUUCCUCCUUUCUUUGGCCACUGACACAAAAACCAUCGGCUGUCGAACUUUUAUAGCUCAUUCCACCAUCCUAGCACCAACCCUCUAUACUUCCCUCAGUUUUUUCAUUUCCCUCAUCUCUCAUUUUUAUAUAGAGCUCUUUUAUCAUUUAACACGGAAAGGGACGCUCCAGAGCGAUACUUUGCGACAUUGCGAUUAUUU